CCGCUCCGGGAUUGCUGUGGUCCACCUCUCCUCUUCUGAUUCCGGCUCCACUCCGGGAUUCCUGCGGUCUAGCUCCGGCUCCACUCCGGGAUUCCUGCGGUCUAGCUCCGGCUCCACUCCGGGAUCGCUGUGGUCCAACUUCGCUCCUGCUCCACUCCGGCUCCGCUGCUUCCCAGCUCCGCAUCACCUCCAGCGCCGGGCCGUUGCGGGGAGCGGGGAGCGGGGAGCAGGGACAGCGCCGGGCCGGUGUAGGGAGCAGGGACAGCGCCGGGCCGUUGCGGGGAGCGGGGAGCAGGGAGCAGGGACAGCGCCGGGCCGCUGCAGGGUGCAGGAAGCGGGGUGCAGGGCUGCCGCUUCCCCGGGGCCAUGGGUGUGGUGGACAAAUGGCCGUCCGUCCAGUGUGUGCUGUACCUGUCCGCGGCCCUACUGGCCGCCAGCGCGCUGCUGCCGCAGUGGCAGAACAGCAGCGACUUCGGCGGCCGCUGCCUGCUCUUCGCCCACGGCAUGUGGCGCAACGAGAACAUCACGGUGGGGGAGCAGCGCUUCAUGGUGGACGAGUGGGGCCCCAAGUCCGCCUGCCGCUUCCCCGCCGUCACCAGCAUCCUCGCCCUCCUCCUGUCCGCCGCCCAGGCCGGCCGCCUGCUCCUCCACCUCUGCAAGGGACGCGGCGACACUUUCUUUGCCACGUUCCUGAAUUUGUUGGUCAACAUCUUGGUCGUCUUCCUUAUCUUCAUAGCAAGCACUCUGGUCACUGUUGGCUUCAAUAUGUGGUGUGAUACCAUCACAGAAAAUGGAAAGAUGCCCAACAGUUGUCAAGAAUUGCAGGACAUUGACCUGGAACUGCAUUUGGAUAAUUCUUCUUUCUACAACCAAUUUUCAAUUAUCCAGUUUGGCCUGUGGGCUGGAUGGGUCACCUGGAUGGCGAUUGGUAUGCUCGCAUUCCUGAAGGUGUACGACAACUAUAGACGGGAGGAUCUCCUCGACAGCCUGCUCCAUGAGAAGGAACUGCUGCUGGCAAGAUCCAGGAGAGCAACAGUUGAGAAAAAUGCCUUGAUUUAAAUCCACCAUGUCAUAGGAAGUGUUAUUUUGGGCGAGACAACCAAAUAAAAUAGUGCUGCAUGUCUGUUGUAAAGGAGAAAAGUGCUGACAAAUUACUGUAAAGCAGGGUAUUCAUUCUCUAGCAUCCUCCAACUUGAUGGCAGGCAACGUCACAGCAAAUGUGUCUUUCAGUAGAUGCUUUUUUUCAGUGCCUAAUAAACAUUUGCUUCUGGAGAUAAUGGUUUACUAAAAUGUCACAGUACCAAAUGUAACCACUGUUAUAUUAGGAAGUCAAAAUGUAAACAAUUGAAAAUACUUGUAGUAAAUCAGAGUAUUAGCUACAGGUCCACCUCCAAUUUUCCAGCACCCUUGGUUCCAGAGUCAUACAGUGUGGAAACAGGCCCUUCGGC